CCAAGCGGGGAGCCCGGGCCCCGCGCCCAGGCCCGGACCAUGCAUGGCCACCGAGCCCCGGGGGGCGCUGGGCCUUCAGAACCUGAACACCCGGCCGCUAACCCCCCCGUCGCUGCUCUGCCGGCCUGUGCCGACUCGUACCUUGGAGUCUCGGAGCCCGGACUGCCGGUGCCCAGGGGCUCAGCCUCGGCUCUCUGCGGCCCCCUGGAUUCCCAGCUUGCCGGGCCCUCUGACGCCAGCUCGGGAGCUGCUCCAGGCCCCAGGGUCUUGCCCUGCAGGCCCAGCCCUCAGCACCACCGGGCCCUUCGCUUCUCCUACCACCUGGAGGGCUUGCAGCCCCGGCCUGGGCUGCACCAGGGAAACCGGAUCCUGGUUAAAAGUUUGUCCCUUGACCCUGGCCAGAGCCUUGAGCCUCAUCCAGAAGGCCCCCAGUGGCUUCGUUCAGAUCCAGGCCCCCCAACUGAAACCCCUAGCCAGCGUCCCUCACCACUGAAGCGGGCACCAGGCCCAAAGCCACAGGUCCCCCCAAAGCCCAGUUACCUGCAGAUGCCCCGGAUGCUGCCUCCACCUGAGCCCAUCCCCCCUCCACCAUCACGCCCACUGCCUGCAGACCCCCGAGUGGCCAAGGGCCUGGCCCCUAGGGUGGAGGCUGGCCCCAGUUCUGCAGCAGUUUCUUCACUGAUUGAGAAGUUUGAGAGAGAGCCUGUGAUUGUCGCCUCGGAUAGGCCAGCCCUUGGCCCCAGCCCAGGUCCCAUAGAGCCAGCCUCGCAGCCACCAGUGCCCGCACUCCCCGAGGGCGAGGCUUCCCGCUGCUUGUUCCUGCUGGCUCCUGGGCCCCGGGAUGGUGAAAAGAUGCCCAACCGGGACAGUGGAAUUGACAGCAUCAGCUCACCAUCCAACAGUGAGGAGACCUGCUUUGUCAGUGAUGACGGGCCCCCCAGCCACAGCCUCUGCCCCGGGCCCCCUGCCCUGGCCAGUAUGCCUGUUGCUUUGGCCGAUUCCCACCGACCUGCCUCCCAGGAGCUUGACAGUGACCUGGAUGAGGAGGACGAGGAGGAGGAUGAGGAAAAGGACAGAGAAAUCCCAGUGCCCCCGAUGGAGAGACAGGAGUCUGUGGAGUUGACCGUGCAGCAGAAGGUGUUCCACAUUGCCAAUGAGCUCCUGCAAACUGAGAAGGCUUAUGUUUCAAGGCUCCAUCUCCUGGAUCAGGUGUUCUGUGCCCGGCUGCUGGAAGAAGCUCGGAACCGCAGUUCUUUCCCGGCUGACGUUGUCCACGGCAUCUUCUCUAACAUCUGCUCCAUCUAUUGCUUCCACCAGCAGUUCCUGCUGCCGGAGCUAGAGAAGCGCAUGGAGGAAUGGGACCGCUAUCCACGCAUUGGAGACAUCCUGCAGAAGCUGGCACCCUUCCUCAAGAUGUAUGGCGAGUAUGUGAAGAACUUUGAUCGGGCUGUGGAGCUGGUGAACACCUGGACAGAGCGCUCCACCCAGUUUAAAGUCAUCAUCCAUGAGGUACAGAAGGAGGAAGCCUGUGGCAACCUGACACUGCAGCACCACAUGUUGGAGCCCGUGCAGCGCAUCCCUCGCUAUGAGCUGCUUCUCAAGGACUAUCUUUUAAAGCUGCCCCAUGGCUCCCCAGACAGCAAGGAUGCCCAAAAGUCUCUGGAGCUGAUAGCCACAGCAGCAGAGCACUCCAAUGCUGCCAUCCGCAAAAUGGAGCGAAUGCACAAGCUGUUGAAGGUAUAUGAGCUGCUAGGGGGUGAGGAGGACAUUGUCAGCCCCACCAAAGAGCUCAUAAAAGAAGGUCACAUCCUUAAGCUGUCAGCAAAGAAUGGGACCACUCAAGACCGAUACCUCAUACUAUUCAAUGACCGCCUCCUUUACUGCGUGCCCAGGCUGCGGCUCCUUGGCCAGAAGUUCAGUGUGCGGGCACGCAUUGAUGUAGAUGGAAUGGAGCUAAAGGAAAGCUCCAACCUCAAUUUGCCUCGGACCUUCCUGGUUUCAGGAAAGCAGCGUUCCCUGGAGCUCCAGGCCAGGACUGAGGAAGAGAAGAAAGACUGGGUCCAGGCCAUCAACUCCACCCUCCUGAAGCAUGAACAGACUCUGGAGACCUUCAAACUAUUGAACUCAACAAACAGGGAAGAUGAAGACACCCCCCCCAAUUCUCCAAAUGUGGAUCUUGGAAAACGAGCACCUACGCCCAUCCGGGAAAAGGAAGUCACCAUGUGCAUGCGCUGCCAGGAGCCCUUCAAUUCCAUCACCAAACGCAGGCACCACUGCAAGGCCUGUGGGCAUGUGGUUUGUGGGAAGUGCUCUGAGUUCCGAGCCCGCCUCAUCUAUGACAACAACCGCUCCAACCGCGUGUGCACGGACUGCUAUGUGGCCUUGCAUGGGGUGCCUGGGAGCAACCCAGCCUGCAACCAGCAUACACCUCAGCGUCGGAGGUCCAUCCUCGAGAAACAGGCCUCCGUGGCUGCGGAGAACAGCAUUAUCUGCAGCUUCCUGCACUACAUGGAGAAAGGUGGGAAAGGCUGGCACAAGGCAUGGUUCGUGGUUCCUGAGAAUGAACCCUUGGUGCUGUACAUCUAUGGAGCCCCUCAGGAUGUGAAAGCCCAGCGCAGCCUGCCCCUCAUUGGCUUUGAGGUGGGGCCUCCUGAAGCAGGGGAGAGGCCUGACAGACGGCAUGUCUUCAAGAUCACUCAGAGCCACCUGAGCUGGUACUUCAGCCCUGAGACAGAGGAGCUACAGCAGCGCUGGAUGGACGUGCUCGGCCGGGCAGGCCGCGGGGACACGUUCUGCCCAGGGCCCACACUGUCUGAGGACAGGGAAAUGGAGGAGGCAAUGGUGGCAGCUUCAGGAGCCACUGCUGAACCUCCCGAAGCUCCCCAGACCCGAGAUAAGACCUAGAGGGUUUGGGUGUUACUGGGAGCCCCCUGUCCCACACUCUACUUGUCCAUAUCCACUUAGGGGCUUCAGCUCCCUUCCCCCCAGCUCAGUCAAUACUUGAACUCCCAUCAUGGGCACUUUCAAUCCCGAAUGCUGGGUCUUGGAUUUUUUAAUUCAUCUUUUCACAAAACUUGAGCUUAAAAAAAAACACACACACACAAACCCCCCCCCCAAAAAAACUACUACAGAGAUGUUACUUUUUUAAUCCUCUCCCACCAGAGAAGGUGGGAACUGUUGCUAGACAGCCUGAAUUAGGCCGUUAUGUGCCCCCCCCCCCAACAUCCCACAGACCCUGCCUCCACCCACCACCCUGGAAAGCACCAGAAGCAGGAGACAAGGAUUCAAGCGCCAGCUCUGCCACUGAACCUUGUGGCCAAUGUCUUCACAUGUAUGACUCAGUAUGGGGUGGUGACUGGACCCCUUCCAUGUCUCUCCCAGGGCUCACAGCUUCUACCCAGCCCCAAGGCUACCCAGUAUUUUAUCGUCCAGACCCAUGGCAGGGCCACUGGGCAGGACAGGGGAA